AAUUCAAGUCGAUGAAAGGCAGAUCAAUUAUAGCGUUGCUAGAUGUCAACCUGUCAAAGUGUCUGUCCUUGUAAGAAAACAAUUAAGACCUAUUUAAUUGCAGGUAAAAGAUCACAACAAUAACAUGACAGACACGCCAAGUAAAGUCAACGAGGAUGAAAAGGAGAGCAAACAACCGCUACCGUCAGACGCAAUCUUCGUCAUUGCCACUAAUGACCACCAACAACCCUUAGAUAAGGCCACAAAGAGCGUCCAGGAAGGCGCCAUUGAGUCCGCGGUUCAAGACGCCAUACAGCAUGGCCACUCGCUUGAAAAUGGUGAUAGCCAGAUAGUCGACAAACCUAAAGAUUUUUUUUGAUCUCGCCAUGUUUUCGCUUUUAUGGGUUUUCUUGGUUUGGCAUCGGUUUAUAUGAUGCGAAUCAAUUUGUCAGUGGCCAUCGUCGACAUGGUAAGAACUCCGCCCGUCGACAACGCCACGUCCUUCUUCGGCAGAAGCGGAGGUACGAGCACGAGUAACAGUACCGAACACUGCAAGUACGACGAAGACUCCGGAAGCAGUGAAAGCAACGGCGAAUUCGAUUGGGAUGGUGAAACCCAAGCGCUGAUUCUGGGGGCAUUUUUCUGGGGCCUCAUGGUGACGCAAAUUCCCGGUGGAAUAUUGGCCGAGAAAUACGGCGGCAAAUACGUGUUGGGUCUUGGCAUCCUACUGACAGAUUUUUUCUGCGUGCUGACCCCACUGGCUGCACGACAAGGUGGAGCCAAUGCAGUUAUAGUUAUGCGAGUUUUAACCGGACUGGCUGAGGGAGUGUCGUUUCCUGCGGCCAACAGUAUGAUUUCCAAAUGGGUUCCUACUUUUGAGAGGACGACUAUUGGCGCCUUCGUUUUGGCAGGAACUACGUUUGGGACUGUGAUUAUUAUGCCCUUAUCGGGUUGGUUGUGUUCUCUCGAGUUUGACAAUGGCUGGCCUUUGGCUUUUUACGUUCCCGGCAUCAUUGGAGUUAUUUGGUUCACCUUCUGGGUUUUCUUGGUUUUCGAUAGUCCGUCUGUCCAUCCACGAAUUGCCGAGGACGAGAAACGUUACAUUCUCGCUUCUACGGGGAUUAAGAAGCCAAUUCAGAUGUCAGAGACUCCCUGGAAAACCAUUUUGACUUCUAUACAUCUGUGGGCUAUUUUGGUGGCUCAUUUGGGACACAGCUGGGGCUUUUGCAUGUUGCUCACUGAAUUGCCUACCUACAUGAAGACAGUCUUGCAUUUCGACUUGAAAGCCAAUGGAGCGCUAUCGGCCCUUCCAUAUUUAGCCAUGUGGGUCUUUUCGAUCGCCUUCAGUGUGACCGCUGACGCGAUCAGGAAAAACAAGAUAUUAAACACCACCUACACUAGGAAGGUCUUCACUACCAUCGGACUCUUGUUACCCGCUUUCGGACUUAUUGGAGUGAGCUAUACAGGCUGCGACCGAGUCGCCACUAUCACUUUGCUCACCGUGUCAUGCGGAUUUAACGGAGCCAUUUAUUCCGGAUUUUUGGCUAAUCACAUCGAUAUUGCUUCCAAUUUUGCCGGCACAAUGAUGGGCGUUACUAGCUGCGUGGCAAACAUUUGUGGAUUUCUGGCACCCUAUAUAGUCAAUCUUAUCGUGACUGAGUCGGGAUCGUUAGAUCAAUGGCAAACAGUGUUCUUCCUCUCGGCAGGUAUUUACGCUGCUACGAAUUUAUUCUACGUUGUCUUUGGCACCGGCGUAGAGCAGCCUUGGAAUCAAAUUAACCGCGACCCGAUAUUGGAACAAAGAAAAAUGAAUCGCUUUCCUCAAUGACAUCAUCAUCAAGCUCUGACCAAUCUAGCAAAUCGAAGUGAUACCCGCGAUUUCAACAAAUUUCUUGAAUAGCUUUUGACUCCUUCACAACACUUACUUAAAAAUGAAAAAAUAAAAUUUUAAUAAACAAAAGUUUUGAUGUUUUA